AUGCCACUCCAUCAAUACAAUGGUUUCUGGCUCUCCAAAAAGCAUAUUCAAGGAAUCUUAAAUUUUCAGAAUCACUACCAAGCUCAUGAUUCUGACGCCCUCCUUGUCACCUUCCCCAAAUCUGGCACCACGUGGCUCAAAGCCCUUACCUUCACUAUUCUCAAUCAGUCUGUGAAGCAGUCUAGAUGUAAGAUUGUGUACUUAUGUCGAAAUCCUAAGGACUUGUUUGUUUCAACAUGGAGAUUUGUGAACAAGUUACUAGAACCAGAUGCCCAACGGUUGGUUUCAAUUGAAAAUGCAUUUGAGAAGUUUUGUCAAGGAGUGAUUGGUUAUGGGCCGUUUUGGGAUCACAUGUUGGAAUACCAUAAGGAGAGUUUGAAGAGUCCAGAUAAGGUUAUGUCUCUGAGAUUUGAAGAGCUGAAAAGCAAACCAGUUGAGGUUUUGAAGGACCUAGCUGAGUUUAUGGGUUAUGGUUCUUCUCAAGAGGAAGAGGGUGGUAAUGUUGUAAUCGAUAUAUUGAAGCUCUGUAGUUUUGAGAGUUUGAGUAGCAUGGAAGUGAUAAGACUGGAAAUUCAUGGCACAAGAUAG